GCGAACCACGGCGGCAGUCGCGUCGCGGCGAUAGUUGCUGUGUGGCUUAUAAAAGCCGAGAGUAGACCACGUGUGGGACUCAGUGUGCUCACUGCCAAGCAGCCAUGAACGGCGCCGCUAAACUGAAAGCUCUCUUGCUGCUCAGCCUACUGGCUGUGGCAUCUGCCGAAGACGCAGCGGCGACCAAGAAGGAAGUCGAGCCCGCGGCGGCGGUGGCGGCGGCCGCCGCGACGACGACCGUCGAGAAGAAGUCCGAGGAGAAAACCAAACGCGGCUUGGAGCUGAGUCUCGGAGAUCACUACGGUUUCGGCGACUUUGGCGCUCACUUGGGCGAUGGCCUGGCUGGCCACGAACACAUCACGCACGACCACAUCAAAGCUGUGACUAUCACAAAGCACGUGCCCGUACUUCAGCCGUACCCCGUGAUCCACGAGAAACACGUGCCCGUACCUUAUCACGUACCGAUCAAAGUACCAGUUGACAGACCCUAUCCAGUGCAUGUUCCGCAACCUUAUCCAGUCGUUCACGAGAAGCAUAUACCUGUGCCAGUCGAGAAACCCGUGCCUUAUCCGGUUAAGGUCCCCGUCAAGGUACCCGUAAAGGUCCCCUAUGAAGUGCACGUACCAGUAAAAGUUCCAGUGGAAGUACACAAGCCAGUACCAUACGCUGUCAAGGUACCAGUAGUCGUUAAAGAGCCUUAUCCAGUGUACAUCAAGGAUCAUCACCAUCACCACGAGCAUUACGAUCUUCAUGGAUUCGGACACCAUUUCUAGACCAACAUAAAUUCUCCUCAUACUCAGACGAUCUCACGAGUGAUAUUCUGCGCCACAUUGUAUAAAUUCUCCUCACUAUCUUUUCCUUGCUCUUCAUUUUUUAUACGAGUCUUAAUGUAGAUGUUAAUUAUUGUAUCGCGCGACAUUCCACUCUUCAUUUUUUACAUUUACAUGUGAAUAAAAGUUUAAAAAAGUUUAUUUUUUUACGUUAAAAA